GGAGCCGAGGGCGUUCGAGGGAAGAGACGGAGACGCCACCGGCGGCGCGGGCGACCUCUCCCGACAUCGCCGGUGCGGAUGGACCCGCCGGAGAGCCCCCCAGCCCCAGCCGGUCGACCGCCAUCCGCCGCCGUCUCGCUCUACGAGGAUUCUCCUGUCUUCGAUUUCAUCAAUAGUCUAUCCCCUAUAGCAACACCCAAGCUUCUAGGUUCAGCACAAAAUGUCCAGCUAUUCAAGUCAUCUGAUUUAGUACCUGCUUCAUCAAUCUUCACCUCGCCGCAAGUUAAUCCACAAAAGGAAUAUAAACCUGGAACCAGGGAUGGCUAUGUUCAACUUUCUCAAGGGCUCAGUCCCAAUUGCCAAACGAAUCAGAUAGGGAUUUCUAGCUGCUAUGGAUCCCCAACAAUUGCUUCAGAAAAAUGUAGUCCUUCUGAGUAUGCAACAAUUUUGUCUCAACCCAUCCCGCUUGGUAGUGAAAUCUUGGGAGAUGCCAAGAAACAGGAUACUGAUGGUAAAGUAGAUCAUAGUCCAGAUAUGGGGCAAAUAAAGCUAUCAAGCACAUGCUAUGAUCAGAAUGGCGUUGACCAAUUGGACUCAUCAACAUCUGGAAGAAAUGUUCAGGAGAAUGAGCUGACUAAACAGUAUAAUGAUGACCAAGCAGCUUGCAGUUUAAGCCACUUGAUCUCACGUUCUGGUACUGGUGAUGGUGUCAUGUCAAAAUUAGACCUGUCAUUAGAAGCGCAACAAUUGAGCUGGAAACUAAGAAGUGAUGUCAUAUUUAGCAAAUCCAUCAUGCCAAUGGCUCAAGGAAACCUGGAGGAUUCAAGAAGAAAACUUUUGGAUGGGUCAACUGGCUGUUAUAUCCAGAGUGCUGCAGAUGACACUCAUGUUUACUAUGCUGGUGCUGCAGAAGGUGCUGCAACUAAUCAUGACCCACAAAUGCUCCCUGGUGUUAUUCAAAGCCAGUUGGUUUCAAAUGAAUAUUUUUUUGACGCAUUCAAAGUUCCCAGUGAUGGCAUGGCAUUGUCAGAGCAUCAUUGCGGUGGUAUGAAUAGGCGUAGCCUUUUUAAUGAGAAGGUACAGACAUCUGAUUUGAGUGGACAAAGUGUCUCGAAUCUUCAUCAUACAAAUAUAUGUGGCGAUAACUACCUGAAGCCUUCGAGGUCCCCUGUGUAUGCAUUGCCUGGUAUUGGUUUGCAUCUGAAUUCUGUUGUCUCGAAUGCAUCCAACAACAUGCCAUUCACAAGUAAUCCUCCACUGCCACCUGAACAUAAUAGUCCGCCAACAAUAGUUUCUUGCAGUGAGACGGGUCUGUAUAGCAGUGAGGUAAACACUCUUAUUCAUGAUGAUCACUCUUCUCAGAAGACCAUGCCUAGUGCUGAUGAGUCUUGCCAAGAAAGUUACAAGAAGAAAAGCUUAGUAAGGUAUGCCUCUUUUCUUAUAAUGUUUACUCAGUAGAUAACAAAAUCUUUGAAACUUUGCAGGCGCAAGUUACAAAAUGGUGAUGGUGGCUCAUGCAAACGUUGUAGCUGUAAAAAGUCAAAGUGCUUAAAACUUUACUGUACGUGUUUUGCUGCUAAAGUCUAUUGUUCAGGAUUGUGCUCAUGUCAAGGCUGUUUGAAUAAUCAUACUCAUGAGGAAACAGUUUCAUGUAUUCGCAAGCGGACUGAAUCUCUUAACCCUCUAGCAUUUGCUCCAACAGUAACACGCGCAUGUGAUUCUGGUUCAGAUUUUGGGGAUGACUCUAACAAUACUCCUGCUUCGGCUCGACAUAAAAGAGGCUGCAAUUGCAGGAAGUCUUCUUGCCUUAAAAAAUACUGCGAGUGCUUUCAGAGUGGUGUAGGAUGCUCCAUGAGUUGCCGAUGCGCGAGUUGCAAGAAUUCUUUUGGACAAAGGGUGCUACUGCUAACUACUGAGAAAAUGGAGAAAGAAGCAAAAUCAAAAGGCACUCGCUCAAAGGAAGAGAAACUUGCGUUUGACAAACAGGUUGUGAUCAGUCAAUCUGGUGAUCCUCCAUCCACCGAGGAUCUAUUUGCCACACCUUCGCUUGAGCCUUGCAGAUCUUCAAACUUGCUUCCAUCUACAUGCUCCGAACCGCCAGUGUCAACAGCAGGAUGUUCUUCCCAACUGCGCAACUCUCAGUCUCCCAUGAAGGCAGAUGUUUUGCUUUCUCCUUCAGAAACCUGUGCUAUGGAACCGAUUCUUGUGGAUGGUUUGUCAAAUAUCCAGGAAGUGAGCUCAUCUUGCACCACCAGAGUCAAGGUUGUGUCACCCAACAAGAAGAGGGUCUCCCCCCUGCAAACUGGUCCAGGAUUGUCCCCAAUCGGUAGGAGUGGCAGGAAACUGGUUCUGAAGUCCAUCCCUUCCUUCCCUUCCCUCACUGGUGAUGCUGAUAGUGAGCCCCACUAAACAGAGUUCAUCAGCAUUUGGCACCAGAGUCCGGCUGACUGGUUAGGGAACCCCUCGCCCAAUUUUGUUUUGAUGAAGAGUUGAAUGAACUUGUAUCAUAUAUAAAGAUAGUUAUGCUAAUAUUUCUCGAGUCCGAAGCCUAACUAUUCCACUGCUUGUCAACAUAUGAUUGACCUGUCGUUACCUAGUUGUUAGUCCUGUUCAUCCCCUUUGGUCUAAGGCCGUCAGUAUGUAAUGUAUAUAUUUCCGCAGCUCGUGGGCGAUAAGUGCAUUGGUAUUGAAGAAAAGAAUGCUUAAAUGUAGCAUCUUAAUAAGUUCAGUUUACUGUACUCCAGUUUGUGUCCAAACAUCACAGCAGCCAUACCCAGUCCAAAUUGAGCUGGUGAGACUGAAUAUACUGUUUCUAUGUGCAUGUUUAGGGGGCUUAUUUA